CUCCAAUUUAGUUGACUUUUUUUCUUGACUUGCUUUUGGAAUUCCCCCUAGUUUUAUUUAAGUCCUACCAUCUUCCAAAACCUGUUCAUCGAAGAGAAAAAGACUUGGGGUUCUCUCUUUCUUCGCACAUUCUCCUUCUUCAGCUGCUUCACUUAUUUAAUCUCUGCUCAUCCAUUCAUCUUAUAUUAUAUGUGAUUAAUUAAACUAAGCUGUGUUAAAACACAUUUAUUUUGCUUCCCCCUUCCCUUCCGCCUGUGUGAGAACUUUGGACCCAGGAAAAUGAAGAAAGUUGUGUUGAAGCUGGACUUGCACGAUGACAAAGAAAAACAGAAGGCCCUGAAAGCAGUUUCCAGCCUUAUAGGCAUUGAUUCAAUUGAUAUGAACAUGAAGGAUCAAAAAUUGACAGUCAUUGGCACGGUAGACCCGGUGGAUGUUGUGAGGAAGGUGAGCAAAUUUUGGCACACAGAACUUCUGACCGUUGGGCCUGCAAAAGAGGAGAAGGAAGAUGAGAAGAAGGAUGACGCUAAUAAAACACAACCUCCUCCCGUGCUCACAUACUAUUAUUAUCUGCCACAUCAUGGAGAAGAGUAUCAAAAUAACUGUGUCAUAUGCUGAUUGGUGAGGCCUGAGGAAACAACUGGAAGAUUGGAUGCUUUGUUGUAAAACUGAAAUCUGU